UUUUCCCACUUUAUCUCUAGUUUUGGAAAAGUGACCUUGAUGAAAAGGUUUCACUGCACCGACUCAUUUUUCCCAGCAUGUUAUCGCAGCAGCGUGUGAAACAGCGUAUGGCAUAAAACUUACUGGAAACUUAAAGUUUAACAUUAGUUCAUCUUAAAAGUUUUAGAGAUUCUAAUGCAUGCUUUUUAAAACAAUCUGCCCUGUAAAUUACAAGCACUAUUUAUUUGGAAUUUACUAUUUGGAAGGAUUUUUUGUAAAUGGUCUCCAUGGUGAAUUUGGAGAAAGUCCAGCUGAGCAAGCAGAACAAAACCUUGACAGACUCACUUGAACUUUCGGCUCUGCUGGAUAAUUCAGACAAUGAAUACCUCAGCACUCAGUCUGAGUGUAAACGUGACACACAAGCUUUUCAUUGUCACAGCCUGAAAGACACAAGCUUGAAGCACCAGGACAAAACACAAGCCCGGAGAAAGUUACUCAUCACAUGUGUUGUGUGCUUGAUCUUCAUGAUCGGAGAAGUCAUUGGUGGAUACGCUGCUCACAGUCUCGCUAUAAUGACUGAUGCUGCUCAUCUUCUCACUGACUUUGGCAGCGUUUUGAUCAGUCUCUUCUCGCUGUGGAUUUCCUCCAGACCACCUUCCAAACAUCUGACCUUUGGAUGGCAUCGAUCAGAGGUUUUAGGGGCUCUUCUAUCUGUUCUGUCCAUCUGGACUGUGACGGUGGUUCUUGUUUUCAUUGCUGUUCAGAGGAUCAUCAGUGAUGAUUAUGAGAUACACAGUGAUGUCAUGAUAAUCACAGCUGGAUGUGCUGUAGCACUCAACAUCUUUUUGGCUUUUAUUCUCCACCAGUCUCCGGUUCAUCACUCUCACAGCUCUCUCAGUGUCUCGGGUCAUUCUCACGGCCUCACAGAAGAGCACAGAAACACCAGCGUGAGGGCUGCUUUUAUUCACGUGCUGGGAGAUUUACUGCAAAGUUUAGGCGUGCUGCUGGCUGCCGUGAUCAUCUACUUCAGGCCUGAAUGGAAAAUAGCAGAUCCAAUUUGUACUUUUCUGUUUUCAAUACUUGUGGUUGGAACAACAUUCACCAUCUUGAAAGACAUAUUCAAAAUACUCAUGGAAGGAGUCCCACAUGGUGUUGACUUUGACUCAGUGAAUGACGUUUUACUGGCAGUGGGUGGAGUCAAAUCUACACACAGCCUGCACAUGUGGUCUCUAACCACAAGCGAAACGCAUCUCUCCGUUCAUGCAGUCAUAGAUGAACAAACCAACCCACAGACUGUGCUGAUGAACAUGACCAAACUACUCCAGACGGAAUAUGGAUUCAGAAAUAUCACCAUUCAAACAGAGUCUUACUGCUUACAGUGCCAGGACCUGAUGGACUGACAUAGGAUUUUAGCUUCUUGUUAAACAGGCUGCAUGUAUAAUACAUGUAUAUGAAUAUACAUUUUUACAAUAAAUGUUAGUUUUUCUAAGGCACACGUUUUGUCAUUAAGGGACAAUACUGUGCACUUUAAAAGAAAGAAUAACAUGCUAUUUUUUUGGACACAAACUGUGAUAUGUUUGUCAGCAAUAUUUGUUUAUCAAACAAUGUGGUCAAAAUUUUAAUGAAAAUCACUGUUCCAAAACCA